ACUAACCUCUCCCAAACGUUAGCCCGACGCACAACGACCCUUUUGCGAGAGCUUUUUUUCUCUCUCUAAAUCGAAACUUCCGACAAAAGCUCUCUCUCACCAUUAGCAACCAUCCAAACCGCGCGAGCUUUAUUGUGGCUUUAAACCCCGCCGAAGCGUGAGCUUUUGUCGGAUUCAGAUUUUGUUUAAUUGUUUCUUUUUAAUGUCCUACAAAAAAAAUGAAAAAUAAACAAGCAUAACUCUGUUCAGCGCGAUAAGACACUGUAAGUUAUCUGGUGUAAAGCAUGAGCAAGCCCAUGGCAGACACAGAAGGAAGGCACAGGCCUCUUUUUUUCGCGACAUCCUGAACAGCGCAAGCAACAGCAAAAAAAAACAGACGCGGUACAAAUAAACAAAAACUAAACAACGCACGGACAAUUGGUGGAGGCAGCGGAAGAUUAAGCGCGACACAGUGUUGGUUGCGUUUAAUUGGUAAUCGGUAAUGAGCCAGCGCGCUGGAGUAGUUACGAUCCGAACCACGUUGGCGGUGGUCAGUCAAGAGCCUGAGCUCUUUGAAGUAAGACGCACCGGAGGAGAGAAUGUUCUAAUCGGUUGUGUAAGGUUUGAUUGAAUAAAGUAGUGCUAGGGUUUGGAGAAAAGUUGGACGACGAUCGUUGCUUCUUGAUCGUACUGAUGCAGGUUAUCCAACUGGCUUGUUAGUGAACUGUUUUGGUGGAUCGUGCAUAUUAGCGUGCUAUUGUGGACGUGUGCAACGACGUGAUAACUAGGUGUUCAACCUGAUCGAUACUGUGAGUUGCCGGAGAAGAUCGUCUUUAUACACUAAAUGCAAUAGAUGUGUCAUCGUCCUCAGUAAAAGUGUCGUAAGGUGUAAAGAUACCGGUCCAGCAGUGGUCUUGAGAAGACAUCAAUCACUCAUCUGUCCCUUAUCGCCAUGUGGAUCAAUGGGAUUGCAUUUUUGCGCAACAAGUGCCAGUAUUUGGCCGCUAUUUUGGCCUGAAGCUCACUCGUUACAGCGAACUUGUCCGUCGUCUGUACCGGGUGUGCCAUGGGCUGGACAUCGCCGGUCGAAUCAAAGCUUAGCCAUCCGUGGAUCUCACCCCUAUCGACAGUCCCGACCGAUGCCGAAUUCUCCUGGAUAGGUUCGAUACUAGCGCUGGGCUCGUUAGCUGGACCUCCGCUAGCUGGUUACAUCGCACAUCGUUUCGGACGGAAAAUGGCCCUGCUCGCGAGUGGUGCCCAAUUUGCGGUAGCGUUCAUCCUCUUCGUAACAGCGCACACCGUAGCGCAGAUUCUGGUCGGCCGUUUUCUGCAGGGCUGUGGAAUCGGCUUUUCACUAGCCAUCACACCACUCUACGUGUGUGAAAUAGCUACUGCCCAGCGUCGCGGUGCACUCGGCUCGCUACUACAGGUUUCGAUGACUCUCGGCAUGCUGAUGGUGUACAGCAUCGGCCCGUACGUUAGUUAUGCCGCGAUGCAGUACAUUUUGCUUACCGUCCCAGUGGUGUUCUGUCUCGCCUUUUCCCAAAUGCCAGAAACACCGCACUACUACGUGUCCCAUGGACGGUACGCAGACGCAUCCCGAUCGCUAGAGUAUCUGCGCGGUGAGCCGAUCGAAGAGCUGCAGGAUGAGUUCGGUUCGAUACAGCGCUCCGUCGAGGAGUCGAUCCGCAACCGUGGCACACUCGGCGAGCUAUUCCGCGACCAUGCGAACCGACGGGCACUGUUCAUCUGCACCGGCAUUAUCGUACUGCAGCAGCUGUCCGGCAUUAAUCCGGUACAGUUCUUCACGCAAACCAUCUUCGAAAAGACGGGAUCGUCCGUUAAACCCGAACUGGCGAGCAUCAUCAUCGGUGGUGUGCAGGUGGUGGCGAGCAUGAUAACGGUCCUAACCUUGGACAAGCUGGGACGCCGCCCGUACCUGCUAAUCUCGUCCGGUGGCAUGUGUUGCGCGCUGGUCGCCCUCGGCACCUACUUCUAUCUCGAGACGCAGCGCGUGUCUAGCGGCCUCUCGCUUGACCGGCUCGCCUUCCUGCCCGUCCUAUCGCUGGUCGUGUUUACCGCAUCGUUCUGCCUCGGGUUCGGUCCGAUCGCGUGGCUUUUGAUAGGCGAAAUGUUUGCACCCAACAUCAAGUCAUUCGCAUCGUCGAUCGUUUCCAGCACCUGCUGGGCCGUUGCCUUUUUCGUCCUGUUUUACUUCAGCUCGCUCGAUGCGGCCAUUGGCACGCACUGGCUGUUCUGGACGUUUGCCAUCUGCACGGCCGGCGCGUUCCUGUUUACCUACCUGUUUGUGAUCGAGACGAAGGGCAUGUCGCUGCCGGAGAUUCAAGCACAGCUCAACGAAACCGCACCGGUAAUGAUCAGCGAUAAGCCGUGAGAGGUUGGCCGGAGUUUAGCAAAUAGUGGCGGCUUGGCGUUGAUUGCUGACAGUCGCUUGCGCGGCUGAUGAGGAGUUGUGGAUUAAGGACACUUGGGAAUUAUCGGCAUCGUCAAAGAUUUGUUAGUGAGCACUUCGGCGAGUAGUAUCUGCUGGAGUGUCUGUCUAAGAAGGGCCAAUUAAGGUGAAGUGGUUUAAAGAAACAACGAGAGCGAGAGCUGUUUCCGGCGACAUGUUGUUUUGGAUUAGUUUUAGCCGGAUAGUCAUGAGACACAUACUUGCACGUAGACAUCAAGGAUCGCAUUGUAAGAGUGAUUGACUCCAAUCCCACCAUAACUGUCUUCCGUGCUAGGUACUGUUGAGCUUCCCAGUAAUUGUCUGUUAUAAAAGACUUACCAGUGCAAUAGUAUAUUAGUGUAUCACAUUCUUGUUGUACUUCUGAUGUCCAGGCCGGUCCCAAGAAAAUGUCUUUAAUCGUGAAUUAGCUCCCUUUGGUAUCACCUUAUUAAAACUCGCAUUAUAGGAAUAAAAUAAUAACAAAUUCUACCACA